GAAAGUCAGAACGCAUUUAGCAAUUAGUCGUUCGACAGAUUCCAUCAAAAAGGUCUAUUAUAUAUCGCGAAACGUGUUUCCGAAAAGCCCGAACAGGUGAUAUGUGUUCGUCGUGAGUCUGUGAGAAAAUUAUUGUACCGUAUUACUUUUGUAGCAUAUUAAUACAAGUGAGACGAUUAUUCCAAAACACGUUGUUGCACUUUCUACUAGUUUCAGUUUGUGCGUUAAUAAUUAUCAAGAUCUUCACCUACGUGAAUAGAAGAUAGCCAUGAAUGAACGACGAUAAUAAAUGCAAUCAAAGGUCACUAUGUUUAAUGAGAUUUGGGAUCCAACCAAGAUUACGCAAUUGUCUUUUGCAAUGAAGAUCUUUCGGAAACAUAUAUUGCUUUGUGCUCUGAUCAUAUUACUCAGCGGAAAUGCGGCGGGAGAAUUUUCCCCUCACAGAGAUGUAUUUGCACAAAAAGCAUACCUCUCGCGAGACGACGAAUCCGUCGACUACCGAUUACCGAAGUCCGUUCGACCUAUUUCGUACGAGAUCAUGUUCAUGCCGAAACUACAAAACUUUAAGUUCGAAGGCAUCGAGAAAAUUGUCGCUGUGGUAGAACAAGAGACUGACACAAUCACGUUGCACGUAGGCAACAUCCAAAUCAAUUCGCAAUCCGUUAUUAUAAAUCAGACCAAUAUAUACGAGUCAAUGAACUACGACAAAGUCACUGAAAAGCACACCAUUAUUCUCUCCGAGACUCUCAAAAAGGGAUCUGAGAUAUUAAUUACUUUUAGUUUCCACGGAAACUUGCGCGACGACAUGAUCGGAUUUUACAAAAGUUCUUACUUCGACGAAGAUGGACAGAUCAAAUGGUUAGCCACGACGCAAUUCCAAGCGACACACGCCAGACAUGCCUUCCCGUGUUUCGACGAACCGAGUUUCAAGGCGAUCUUUACAAUUCGCAUAUUGAGGGACGAGAGUUAUACGAGCCUCAGCAAUAUGCCGCUGGCCGAAAUAAACGAGCCAAAGAACGGCGUAGUAUGGGACAACUUCAAUCAGACUAUUCCCAUGUCCACCUUCUUAGUAGCAUUCGUCAUUUCGGAAUUUCACCAUCUCGAGCAAGGUCAAUUCAAAGUAUGGGCCAGACCGAAUGCCAUCAAUCAAGCCCAUUACGCCUUGAAAAUCGGCACCACCGUCCUCGAAUUGCUCGGUGAUGCGUUUGGGCAAAACUAUCAGCUUCCCAAGAUGGAUAUGAUAGCUAUACCUGACUUCGCGGCUGGUGCCAUGGAAAACUGGGGUCUGGUGACAUAUCGCGAGGUUCAGAUGCUGUAUGUUGAAGAAGAAUCGUCGGUGAUCGCACAGCAAAUCGUAGCAUCCGCUAUCGUUCAUGAACUCUCGCAUAUGUGGUUUGGGAACCUGGUGACGCCUGAAUGGUGGGGGUAUCUGUGGCUCAGCGAAGCGUUCGCCAAGUACUUCCAGUACUUCGUUACCGCAGAUGUCGAAGUGUCGUGGAACAUGAAGGAGCAGUUCGUGGUGGACGAGCAUCAAGCUGCUUUGAUAGCGGAUAGUUUUGAGUCUUCUCAGCCGAUGACUCGGAAGGUUUCCAGCCAAUCGCAAAUCGGAGGAAUGGGCGACACCAUCACCUAUUCAAAGGGUGCCAGCAUCGUUCGCAUGAUGAAUUUCAUCUUCGGAAACAAUGCCUUCAAAUCCGCAUUACGCGACUACUUGAGUAAAAACAAAGGGACAGGAUUAGGUAAUCCAGAUGCUUUGUGGACGGUACUGCAGACUCAAGUGAAUCGCAACGGUGCAUCAAAGCGCACUUCUGUGAAAACAAUAAUGGACACUUGGACGACCAAAGCUGGAUACCCCGUCGUGUCUGUCGCGAUCAACGACGAAGGUGUACUGCACGUUACUCAGGAACGAUUUUUCUUAAGGAACUUGAACAAAACCUCAACAGAUAUCACCUGGUGGGUGCCUCUCACCUGGACCUCGCAGAGCAAAUCGAAUUUCGAUAAUACGACUACUAAAUACUGGUUGAGUACCAAAGAGGACACCUUAGAUCUUCAAGUCGAUCCGAAAGAAUGGGUGAUAUUCAACGUUCAAUCAUCGGGUUUCUACCGCGUCAAUUAUAAUCACGAUGGAUGGCAACGUAUUUUCGAUGUCUUGCACAGCGACAAAUUCACUGACAUCCAUGUAUUAAACAGAGCGGCACUCGUGGACGAUCUGUUAAAUCUGGGUAGAGCAGGGUAUCAAGAUUAUGCGACUGUCUUAGAAGGAAUAACGUAUCUCAAACGGGAAACGAAUUACUUGGCCUUCAGAGCAGGAUUAAAUGGCUUAAGUUAUUUGAGCAAACGAUUCAGUGGAUACGAAGAGCAUUCCUUAUUCAAGCAAUACGUGCUAUCGCUCAUCAAUGACAGACGCGAACAAUUAGGAUACGAAGAUCGCGCGGGCGAUGACAGAUUGACAGUCCUGUUGCGACGCGACUUGAACAUCUGGGCCUGCAAUUUCAACGACGUAGAAUGUGUGACGACUUACACUAACAAAUUUCAAAAGUGGAAAGCAAAUCGCUCCAUCCCCAUCAAGCCCAACGAAAGGACUGCGGCGUACUGCGUGGGCAUCAGAAACGGCACAUCCGAAGACUGGGAAUUUUUGUGGAAACAGUAUUUCAAUUCUAAUUACGCGUCCAAACAAAUAGAAAUCAUCAAUGCUCUUGGAUGCAGUUUAAAUACUACCAUCUUAGAAAAGUACCUGAAAUACGCCAUCAGCGAUUAUCAGAUCAAUCGAAUUCGCAAACAAGACAGUACAAGCGUUUUCGCCGCCGUUUAUUCGAGCUUGAUCGGCGCUGAAUAUAUCCUCGACUUCGUAGACAAGCAUUACAAAGAAAUGGAGGAAUACUAUGGAGGACUGAGUACAGUGGCAAUGAUCCUUGACGGGGCGUCGCAGCGUUUCUCCACGCGCAGACUGGUAGACAAAUUUGAAGAUUUCGUGAACAGACAUAAGACUGAAUUUGCGCCAAUCCUGGAAUCUCUGCUGGCCUCUUUGAGAGUCGCCAGAUACGAAUUGGAAUGGUACAAGACCGCUUCAGUACCUAUUAUUCGAUGGAUACAAGACGACCUUAAGAAAGAUGUAACAACCAAACCAACAAUAACAACAACGACAACGACAACGAUGACGACGACGACGACGACAACACCUCCGUCCGAGGAUAUAGCAAAAUAUCGCCUACCUGCGAAAAUAAUCCCCUACAACUACAUCAUCACCCUUACGCCGAAGUUGAAGGACGAAAAGUUUACUUUCGACGGAAACGUGGAGAUCAAUGUCGAUGUUGUGGAACAGACGGACUUGAUCGUUUUGCAUUCCGUGGUAUUGGAGCUUCACUCAGUAAUCGUGAAAGAUCAGGAUGAUAUCAUAGUGGAAAGUUACCAGACAGUGGAAAAAUACGACUUCCUCGAGAUCAAGCUCGUUCGGAGAGUGGACGCUGGCACGAAACUGACCAUCGAAAUCGCGUACAAAAGCGCUUUGGCAUCAGAUCUCCGUGGCUUUUACAAAAGCUCUUACGUGAAUAACGAUGGAUCGUUGAGUUGGCUCGCCGCCACACAACUGGAGCCAGUUCACGCCAGGAAGAUGUUCCCCUGCUUCGAUGAACCAGCAUUAAAGGCAACCUUUACUAUCAAAGUAUGCACAGAGAAAGAAGUUUACGCUAUCAGUAACAUGAAAGUCUCGGAAAUCAAACACAAUUGCAGCUCUGAUUAUCCUUCUGGUACCGUUUUCUCCGAGUCAGUGAAGAUGUCUACGUACUUAGUGGCGCUUGUUGUUUCCAACUUCAAGUCCACGAAAAAAGUCGAGGAUAAAUUUGCUGUAUACGCGCGUCCCAACGCUAUUGAUCAAGCCGAAUACGCUCUGUCCGUAAUAUCUCCACUCGUUAAGUUCUUUGAGAAAAAUCUCAAUCAGAAUUACCAAAUUAACAAACUCGAUAUGGUCGCGCUGCCGGACUUCGAGAUGGGCGCGAUGGAAAACUGGGGCCUCUUGACGUAUAGGGAGGCGAGACUGUUGUACCACAAAGAUCAUUCAUCAAUCACAAGCAAGCAGGCUAUCAGGAACGUGAUCGCCCAUGAGAUUGCUCAUCAAUGGUUUGGAAAUUUGGUCAGCCCUUCAUGGUGGAAGUACGUGUGGUUGAGCGAGGGAUUCGGUAGAUACUUUCAGUAUCACGCCACGGCUAUCGUGUUCAACGACACAACAAUGGAUUCGCAAUUCGUGGUGGACCAAGUGCAUUCUGCUUUUGUUGCGGACAGCUCCAGCUCUACACACCCCAUGUCUCAUGACGUGUACACGCCUGAUGAGAUUCAAAACAUAUUCGAUACGAUUUCUUAUGCUAAAGCUGCCAGCGUACUGAGAAUGAUAGAAAAAUCAUUCGGACAAGAAGUAUUCUACAACGCUUUGAGAGACUAUCUUAACAAACAAAAAUACAGCGUUUCUAUUCCGCAAGAUUUGUACGAGCAAAUUCAGAAACAAAUAGACCUGAAAGGACGAAAGGAGAAUAUCCAAGAGAUCUUGGAUACGUGGACGACUCAACCUGGUUAUCCUGUCGUUCAUGUCGACAUUCAGGACGAAGUCAUAACUUUUAAACAAGAACGUUUCUUCUUGAAAACAAAAGAGGGCUAUUACGAUGAUAACAUUUGGCACAUCCCAAUUACAAUUGUGACCUUCUUUACGCCGGAUUAUAAAAAUACCACACCGAGAGCAUGGUUCACGGAAAAAGAAAUGGAAAUCAAAUCUCCAGACUCGUUCUUCGAUUCCAAAGUACUAAUUAUCAACGUGCAACAAUCCGGUUUUUAUCGUGUGAAUUACAACGAGGAUCAUUGGCUACUGUUGAUUGCCAUUCUCCAAUAUACAAGUAAUAAUAUUAUUGAUGAGAUCAACUGCGCGGCGUUAAUUGAUGAUGUGAUGAAUCUCGCGAGAGCGAACUAUGUCAAUUACAAGAUUGCUAUAUCAGCUACGCAGUAUUUGACUAGAGAAAGGAAUUAUGCGCCGUGGCGCGCUUUCUACAACAAUCUGCCUUACUUGAAUAGACGUUUCCGGGGUCGUGAUAUGGAUACCUUGUACAAAAAAUACUUAGUAUCACUGAUAAAUCCGCUUUACAACGAGCUCGGUUUUAUGGAUAAGGGGGACGAUGAGAUUAAUUUAGUACGCACAAAGAAUAUGUUGAGAAUGUACACUCGCGAAUGGGCCUGCGAAUUAGAUAUUGCAGAUUGUAGAUUCCAAGCCAUGAGAUAUUUCCAACAGAAGCGUUACUAUUUACAAGAAAUACCGCCAAAUUAUCGUGGUGUCGUUUAUUGCACGGCUAUGGAAAGCGACGGGACAUCAUUUACUUACAACUUUCUUCAAAUGGAAUACAAAAAAAGCAAUGUCAUGGCAGACAAACUCGUGAUCCUCAGCUCAAUGACGUGUUCACAAAACAAGGAUAUUUUAGAAAAGUUACUGUUGACCGCGAUCGAGGAACAUUCUCUUAUACGACUCCAAGACAGCACAAAGGUAUUCUCGGAUGUCUACGACGCAGGCUUAAUCGGCGUUGAAGUUGUCAUGAACGUGAUCAUGAACGACACGAAUUACAAUAACAUGAAUAAACGCUUUGGUUAUGCGGGAAUCAAAAAUAUAGUGAGCGCAUUGGCGAGCAGAUUGUCCACUUACGAAUUAUACGGGAAGUACCGGGAAUUACUCGACUGGUUAGUCAACAAGGAACCGACAUUUGAGAAUGUAGUCGGGUUGUACGUGGCAGACGCGGAAUACGAAUUUGAUUGGUACGAAAGGCAAGCGCCGGAAAUCUUCGAAGUGUUGGACAAGCUGCUGCAAGGCUACACGUAUCGGUUGCCAAACACGCUUUAUCCAGAGCAAUAUAACAUCACCCUCGCGCCUUACAUAGAAGAAGGCAUCUUUGAGGGAAAUGUUCAGAUAGACAUAAGAGUUGAAAAGAACACCUCAGCUAUAUUCCUCAAUUCGUACAAUUUGGAUAUCAAGCAUAUGAACGUCUCCAGAAUUAACUCGAAGGACGAUUCGAAGGAUGAGGAAAUACCAAUUUCAAAUUACACGUUGAACCCUUACACGCAACAACUGAAGAUAUACCUGACCGAAUUCAUAAAUGCGGAGAAGAUAAAGGUGAACAUCGAGUUCAACGGGACUUUCAACGACAAAAUGCAAGGAUUCUAUCGUAGCUCCUACCUGGACAAAUCCGGGACAUUACGCUGGCUGGCCACGACGCAAUUCCAGCCUGUGCACGCUAGAGAAGCCUUCCCCUGCUUCGACGAACCGGCGUUCAAAUCGAAAUUCCUCAUUAAAAUUCAGCGACCGACGCUCUACAAUACUCUGAGCAAUAUGCCGCUCUCGGAAAGUAUACCAUCAGAAAAAGUUAACUAUACUUGGGACAUCUUCCAGACCAGUACCGUAAAGAUGCCAACGUAUCUAGUGGCAUUUAUUGUCAGUGAAUUUAAGUCUCUGAAAGAACCUGCGGACUCGAUCAACAUUUGGGGUAGAAAAGAAAUCGUGGAAAGCGGCUAUCUCGCUCGAAACGCCGCUGUUGUGCAUCUACGCACUUUGGAGAACUUCACGGGCAUUGAGUAUCCUUUGACUAAAUUGGACUUGGUGGGGAUCCCGGAUUAUGCCAGUGGCGCGAUGGAGAAUUGGGGUCUCAUCACUUUCAGCGAACGCGCACUUUUCUAUGAAGAGAACAUAACCACAAGCAAGUACGAGAAAGACAUAAUCAGCACCAUAGCGCACGAAUUGGUUCACACAUGGUUCGGGAAUUUGGUUACUUGUCAAUGGUGGGACUAUAUUUGGCUCAACGAAGGUUUCGCCGAAUACCUGGAGUGGUACGCGACUGCUCAGUUGCUGCCUGAGGAUCAACUCAUGGAUCAAUUCGUGGUUUACGAGCUGCAGGAAGCUCUGGCGAAAGACUUAACGGAUUCAGCACAUCCAAUGACAAAUCCCGUGAAAACUCCCGAAGAAAUAAAGGACAUCUUCGAUUAUGUCAGUUACGGGAAAUCUUCUUGCGUCUUACGAAUGUUAUUCAAUGCGUUCGACGAAGAAGUUCAUAAAUCGGCACUUCACAAUUACUUGACAACACAACAAAAAGUGGGUACGGCACGUCCCGAGGAUUUGUGGAAAAGUUUCGAACCGUACGUAUCGAUAUCAAGCGGUAUUAUAAAACUGAACAUCAAGGAAGUGAUGGAUACUUGGACGAAUCAGGCGGGAUAUCCCGUCGUCCAUGCGUCUUUGGACGAUUCUCUACUGACGCUCACUCAGGGGCGAUUUUUCCUAAAUAAAGAGACGAGAUGGAUACACAGAAAUAGCACAGAAUUCUACUGGAUACCGAUUCAUAUCACGACGUCACUUAUCGAAACAUUGUCUACCGACGCGUCAUAUGACAUAAAAACCGACGUAUGGCUGGGGCCGGAACCUAUGCAAUUAUACAUUAACCCCGUUAACGAGUGGGUCAUCGUAAAUUACAAGCAGACCGGCUUCUACCGUGUUAAUUAUGACGAUUACUCGUGGCUACGACUAAUUGGAGAACUGCAGGGCAUUCGAUACUGGACAAUCAAUGUGGUGAAUCGCGCUCAGAUCAUGGACGACCUCUAUUAUUUGGCACGCGCCGGUUACGUGAAUCAGGAACUCUGGUGGAAAGCAACGAAAUAUUUGAUUCAAGAGACGGAACAUCUGCCCUGGAAGACGUUCAUCAACAGCAUGUCCUACGUUUACGAAAGAUUCGAAGGGCGGGAUUAUGAGGACGUACUAAAGAAGUACAUCUUGAAAUUAAUGUCCAAGACGUACGAUCAAGUGGGAUUCAACGAUCUCGGUAGCGAUAAGCUAAUGGAUCGAUUACACAGAGAAAUGAUUCUCCAAUGGGCCUGCAAGCUCGGUAAACCGCAAUGCGUCGAGAAGUCUAUAAGUUUGUUUGCAUCUUGGAAGGACGGUAAGGGAAGUAUUCCAACUCAUGCACAAGCAGCUGUCUAUUGCACCGCAUUAAGAAAUGGGAUUAGUGACGAUUGGGACUUCUUGUGGAACAAGUAUCUAAAAACGAAUUUAGCUUCCGAGAAGCUCGUCAUUAUAAACGCACUCGGCUGCUCGAGGAACCAAACUGUACUCUACAAUUACCUGAUGAAAGUCAUCAAAGAUAAUAAGUACAACAUCGUUAUUCGUAAACAAGAUGCUUCGGCAGUAUUUGCUUCCGUAUAUGGCGCAAGUCAAUUAGGAAUAAACGUUACACUUGACUUUUUAAUAAAUAAUUUGGAAGAGAUCCAUGAUUAUUUCGGUAAUUGGGACGACGUUCGACAAUUGGCCGCAAAUGCAGCGUCUCACAUUUCGAAUAUCCUAGUAUAUAACAAGUUGUCACUCCUUUAUGAAACUAAUAGGGAAGUAUUUCCAACGAGACUCACACGACCCGUUUAUAAAAAUGUGGACGACAAUUUAAACUGGUACUUUACAAAUGGUAAAGAAUUUGGUUACUGGAUAUCAGUGGAACUGCAUGAAAAUAAUAGUAAUACUGGCGGAGGUUGUGCAGUAAUAGAACCGUUGAAUAUUGCUCUUAUAACACUCGUUGCUUUAAUAUCGUACGUUUUAAACUGUUAUUGA